UUCCUGCCGAGUGUAGAGAGGAGAGAGAGUGAACAGGGAGCGGGGCUUUUGUCUGUUGGUCUCUCUGGACUGAAAACAGGGAGAAUAGAAGCCCAAGACUAAGAUUCUCAAAAUGGUUUAUUACCCAGAACUCUUUGUCUGGGUCAGUCAAGAACCAUUUCCAAACAAGGACAUGGAGGGAAGGUUUCCUAAGGGAAGACUUCCUGUCCCAAAGGAAGUGAACGGCAAGAAGAACAAUGAGACAAACGCUGCCUCCCUGACUCCACUGGGCAGCAGUGAAGUCCGCUCCCCAAGAAUCAGUUACCUCUACUUUUUUUAGUCGUAACACCUCCAUUUGUAUUACAUAUGGUGUAUCGGUAUUGAUGAGGUCAUGGUAUUAUAUAUGGGAUUUUUUUCUGUGUAAAUCAUCAAGUAUAAGAAGAAACUAUGUGACUCUGAGCCUUGCUUUAGAGAAU